GGGGUGACCAACACUGAGAAUGUAAACAAAUCGUUCAACCAAGCACUCCCCAGUUUUAAAUAAAAUACAGUUUUAUCCAGUUUUUAUUACAUACAUUAUAAUACGUUAUGAACCUUUGGCGGUUGUUGUGAAGAGCAGCUAACGUCUCGCUGAAACGUCAGUCAACCGUUAAGAUGAUAUACCAUAUUCCUUGGAUCUACACACCAGUCAGGACAGUCCUGGCAAUCUGGAACCAGCUAACCAAGUCUGAGAUCCCAGAGCUGGCCAAGUGUUCAGUGCUGAUGAGAGAGCGUGGCAAGGUGGAGGAGACCAUCCAUGCCAUGCAGAGAGCAGGUGCAGGCAGCCUUCAGGUCAUCUCAGACUUCGAUAUGACACUGACCAGAUUUGCCCACAAUGGCAGGAGAGUCCCCACAACACACAACAUCCUGAUUAACCGACUGUUGGUCAGUGAAGACUGUACUAAAAAGCUAAGGGAUCUGUUGAGCACCUAUUAUCCCAUAGAGAUCGACCCCUGCAGGAGCGUUGAAGAAAAGCUGCCUUUAAUGGUGGAGUGGUGGACUAAAGUCCAUGAGCUGCUGGUUCAGCAAAGGAUCAGGAAGGACUUGUUGGCCCAGGCUGUCAGGGAAUCUGGCACCAUGCUCAGAGAUGGCUACAAAGUUUUUUUUGACCGUCUGUCAGAGCAGCACGUCCCUCUGCUGAUCUUCUCUGCUGGUGUUGGAGACGUUCUGGAGGAAGUGAUUAAACAGAAUCAAGUCUUCCAUCCCAACGUUCACAUCAUCUCCAACUACAUGGACUUUGACCAAACUGGGGCUCUUCAAGCAUUUAAAGGCCAACUGAUCCAUGUCUUCAACAAGAGAGAGGGUGCUCUGUCUCAUGCAGCCGGCCUCAGAGAGCUGCAGGGUCGACCCAACGUGCUGCUGCUGGGAGACUCUUUAGGAGACCUGACGAUGGCAGACGGGGUGUCUGAGCACCAGAACCUCCUCACCAUCGGCUUCCUUAAUGACCAGGUGGAGGAGAGAAAAGAGUCGUAUGUCAACUCCUUUGACAUCGUUCUGGUGAAAGAUGAGAGUCUUGAUGUUCCGAAUGCCAUUCUCAGUUAUAUUACCUCAUCGCAAAUGCGAAACAAGUAAGGAGGACCUGGAUACUGUAUGUGGACUUCUUCACUCCAGUCUGCAUGUUGCACACCGGACAAUCACACAUCAUCACUUUACCUCAAACCAAACUUUGAACAUGGACUUCUGGCUCCAAAGCUUGACAGUCAUUUAUGCAAACCACUAAAAUCAUUUUUAUUUUUGUACUCUGUAUUUUAGGUUGUAUUCUUUUUAUCAUAAUCCUACUGGAGACAAACUGUUUCAAACAUCCAAAGUAAGUCAUGAAUUUAAACUUAGUGUAGAAGAAUCUCUUUUUAAUACCUUAUCCUCCUCUGGGAUUUAUUUAUAGAAACAGGAGAGCAACUUGUGCCAUCGUAAAGGAACUCUAUGAAGUGACAAUUGUUAAAGUAGUUGCAGAUGUAAAGAAAUAAUUGAGCAACACUCUCUCAAAAGUGGAGACAUUAGCCUUUAAACAGUCUUUUCUGUUCUUUUUCACAGUGUGAGGAUGCACUGUCCUGAAAACCUUUUGUUCGGAGCCUAUGUAAAAGCACAUUUCACAACACAUUUCAUUAAUCUUUCUAUCUUUCAAGUCUUGUAUAUCAAAACAACGCAGCUCUGGUGUUCUGCUGUAUAUUGUAGAUUAUCUCUGUGUGCACUCCAAGUACCUGAAUGACUUCAGAGGCGUUCUUUUCUGGACUUCUUUGCCAGUCAUGGAUUGGCCAUAACAAACACCUUGUUUUAGCAUAGCAUAGUUUAUCAACUUACCUGAUACUAGAACACCUCAGGCCAAAGAUCAGUGAUAGACUUUAUGGUUGUUACACUGAAUCUGCAGCUUUAUGUCUGGCUGGAUCAGGUCGCCAGAGAAAAACAGAAAACUUUAUGUGAGAUCCAACUUGGGAGGUUUGACUGAAACCCUCGUCUGCAAGCUCUUCAACUCAUAACUCUCAAAGAAUUCCUUGGGCACCUCAGUAGGUCUGGAUUCUGAGUGGGUUGUGUUUAAAUUCUCCAUCAUAGAGGCAGCUUUUACUUCUAGAAGAACGUCAGUACAAGCCUUAGUAGCAGCUGCUGAUCAGAGUCAGUGGAAAGGGAAGUCUAAUAAAGCCAUUUGCUAAAACCAGCAGUCUCCUGAAAACAAAAGUAAAUAAUGGGAGACUCAGAGCGCUAGAUCAACAUCUAGUCUAGUCCAAUCUUUGGAAAUAUGUAUUUUAACUGAUGAUUAGGUAGAAUAGUCUUUCACAAAUAUUAUCAAAGCACUUUUAUUGUCUUAGUUCAUGUACAGUCCACACACCAGGAGAUUUUCACAUAGAUCUACAUUUAACCACUAACCCUCUAUAUAAAAAAGGACAGUGAUACUUAAACUCUGUUUAAACUGUGUUCAUCAUUUAAAUUCCUUCACUCAAAAAAAAAUCAAUACUAGUGAUGAAAUCCCCCAGAGAAUGCUCUUUCUUUGCUAAUAAUUUUGUAAUUUCUGUCGCUUCUAAACCUGCUUAUAAAAAUGUAGAGAAAUGAAUUUCUGAUGCAGGCUUCUGGGUUGUAACAUUUCUAAAAGUCAUGCUGUACGAAUAAAACAUGAUACAAAUCUG